GUUAGGACGCACGUAGCCAUUACAAUACGCUGCAUUCAAACCGAACGCAACGCGAUUUGAGGAGCUAGACUACUACUGCCUCGUUUUUUCUUAAAAUAUCAGUUAUAUCAAACUCAGUUUGAACUUUAAAGAUAAUACUACAGACUAUUUUUCAAAAACAUUCGUAUAUGUAAUAACAGUCAGCGUUGCGUCGACGUGAGACGCUCCGCGUUCCCAGGCAUUUGACUCACCGGAGAUACGCGCAUACCGCCUUUUCCGUUUGUUCAGCGCAUUCAUUUGAACUCCUUUAUUUCGUUAACCAAGAAGAUUCAGAUUUAAGAGACUCGCUUCGAUUUAGAUGGCAAGCUUCCCAGAUUUUGUCAACGAAAAUGAUAUAGGUAAAGCUAAGUUCAUCGGGGAACUCAUACCUCCUGUUGCUCCCUUUGACCAGAAGUCUGGAAGGGAGACUUGGACUGUAGCUUUUGCACCUGAUGGUUCCUACUUCGCUUGGUCUCAAGGGCAUCGAAUUGUGAGACUUGUACCAUGGAAAAAAUGCUUAGCCAGCUUUUCUGUAAGAAAAGAAGAUCGGUCGAGCGGUGCAGGUCCUCGACGACUCUCCCGGCAGAACAGUGAGGGCAGUCUGCAGCCAGGCGAGCCCAGAGAGCACACCAUCGACUGCGGUGACAUUGUUUGGGGCCUGGCUUUUGGCUCUUCUGUUCCUGAAAAGCAGAGUCGCUGUGUUAAUAUCGAAUGGCACCGGUUCAAGUUCGGCCAGGACCAGCUGCUGCUGGCCACGGGUCUCAACAACGGCCGCAUCAAAAUUUGGGAUGUCUAUACAGGAAAACUUUUGCUGAACCUGAUGGACCACACAGACAUUGUGCGAGAUCUAACAUUUGCCCCCGAUGGAAGUUUAGUGCUAGUUUCUGCUUCAAGAGACAAGACUCUACGUGUAUGGGACCUCAAAGAUGACGGCAACAUGGUGAAAGUACUCCGUGGCCAUCAAAACUGGGUCUACUGCAGCGCUUUCUCACCCGAUUCAUCUGUCCUUUGUUCCGUUGGUGCUGGCAAAGCGGUCUUCCUGUGGGACAUGGAUAAGUACACUCUGAUCCGUAAGCUGGAGGGCCAUCAUAACGACGUGGUGUCCUGCGAGUUCUCUCCUGACGGGGCCUUGCUGGCCACAGCCUCCUACGACACCCGUGUCAUAGUGUGGGACCCUCACACAGCCACCGUUCUGCUCGAGCUGGGGCAUCUCUUCCCUCCUCCCUCACCCAUAUUUGCUGGAGGAGCAAAUGAUCGAUGGGUUCGCUCUGUUGCCUUUUGUCACGACGGUCGGCACAUUGCCAGCGUCACUGAUGACAGGCUGGUGCGUUUUUGGAGCAUUGAUGAAAAGAGUCCUCAAGCCAUCGGCCCUCUUACUAACGGCCUCUGUUGUGCCUUUUCUACGGACGGAAGUGUCUUAGCUGCCGGGUCUCGUGAUGGCAGUGUGCAUUUCUGGGCUUCUCCACGCAGCAUUGCGAGCCUCCAGCACCUAUGCCGCAUGACCCUGCGGCGAGUCAUGCCCACCCAGCAGAUUUACACGCUGCCCAUUCCUUUCUCCAUGCAAGACUACCUGGCAUACAAGACGCUUUAAGUUGGAACGUGAAACAUGGCACUAUGAAACCAAUGAAAUGUGUUGUCGUUUUUUCUUUUAAAAAGACAAAAAUAUUUUUUCUGCUCAAACCAACUCCCUGAUGAAGGUGAGGUUGGUUCUUUUUGUAUUUAUUUAUUUUUUUAUUAUUAUUAUUAAUUUUUUUUUUUUUUUUUUGCAAAGAGUAGUUGCAACUGUAUUUCAGUACUUUUUUUUUUUUUCUUUUUUUUUUUCUUCUUUUUUUUUAAAGCCCAUAUCAGUGGCCUUCAGCCAGCCUUAAUAUAUCAGUGGACCACGUUUUGUCCUUUUGAUUUGCAAUUGUUUUCGUGUGUGUGUGUGUCUGGCACAAGUUGUACAGCACCUUAGAGUUGGUAAAUGAUGGCUGAAAGUGGUGCUUUCUCUGGCUCAGUCCUGCGCUGAGUUUAAAGCGAUGUGACGGGGGUUCGUCUCUCGAAUGUUCUGCAGUGUUUUCUUUUUUGUGCUCGCUGUGAGCGGGAUUGAAGGGAAGUGACAAUGUGAAAGUGUGUAUGUGUGCGUGCAUGUGAUGGCCAGAGUAGAGUUGGGUAGUUCAGGGACACAGGCAGUGCCUCCCCUUGACGUGCCUCUUUAGAAAAAAAUAAACAUCCAUACGCUUAUGCUGCUUUAGUAACGGUCUUCAUUAUCACAAACCUAAAACUACAGUAACACAUGGGCUAAUUAGUUUCCUCUAGAAAUUGUAUAUUUUUUACCUGUACAGAUUUGUAAAUGCACGUUUUUGUUGAGUGUAUAUAUACAUAUGUUUGUGUAAAUAUAUAUGUAGCUGCUUUUUUUUUUGCUUUUUUUUUCUCCCAUGCUUCUCAUCCGUUAUUUUAUAAUACUUGUAUCGAAAGUCUGCUCUGUAUAUGGUCUUUUUUUUUCUUGUGCGAUGGUGGUUUGUAGGAGAAUGACACAGAAGUUUGCCAACCAGUUUGAUGAGAUUUAAACUAACCAGCAGUGAAAGUAAUGCCACAUCUUUGAUUUCUCAUUCCAAACAUAUUGCCACCAACUUGCUGUAUCUGCUAUUAAAUAUGGCACUUUAUUCCAGCCUGACACAAUGCAUAAUCCUAAACCAUUAUCUUGCUACUUAACUCACAAUCAGACCUCAGUCUGUAAUACUUUGACAUUCAAAACAGCUGUGUGCAUUUUGGGCAUGUUUCAUCUACCUCUCAUUUUGAGGAAUUGGUUUAUCGAAUGUCCUGGAACAAAAUUGCAUGAUUCGGUUUAUUGAUUGUAUACUGCCUGUCAUUUAAAGCGAAUGCUAUCAGUUAAGAAUGUGGGAAUCAGAAUGUGGCAUAUUCAUCCGGUCAUGCAGUCUUGGCAAUAAAAAUGUUGAAAAAGCUGAUGCCAAAGAUACCCUUGGGUUCUUUUUGACGUGAAUGGCACAGUCAUUUUUCUCUUACCCUCAUUUACGGCUAAAACUUGAAAGUCUUUAUAUGUAUGUCUGUUUUUCUGCUUGGGUGUAUGAAGAAUGCUGAUGUUCAACAGAUUGGGUUUUCUUUAGACUGAUUCCUGUAAAGUAGAUCUAGAAAGAAUGCAUAGAUGCACUUCAGUGUUCCAACCAAAAUUCUAGCAGUUGCAGUUUUUUAGAAUACGGUGGUAGUAGUUUUCAAUCAUUACUGAAUAUUCUAGAGAUGCUUGGAAACUAGUUAAUUUUCAGACAGAAUACCUAAUGCUGUACUCAAAAGGAGCAAGUGAAUUUGUCAACAGAAAAGUCAUUUACAAGAAUGUACUUUUUUUUUUUUUUUUUUUUUCCCUCCAGUCAGUGGGGUUAUUGUUUGUUUUAUGAUUGUUGUCGAAAUAAAGUAUUUUAAACCA